AAACUCAAUCCGCGAAAAUGUUGAUUUUAUAUUUGCACACGCACACCAAUAAAAAUCGUGCACGCCGAAACGCACACUCUCUCUUUUUUUCGUAACGCGCGAACUGUCAAACAUUUUCGUUUGAACUUUUCAGUCAGUUGGAAAAAAAUGUUGAUUAAAUUUUGUGCUUUGUUCGGCAGAUUACAGGUUUCGUUUUUUUGCCCUCGAAGACGGAACGGCAUCGCAACUCCUUCCGAAGCCGGCUACACAACGGGAACGCGCACCACCGGCGAACAAAACGGUCAACAUGGACAUCUGAACGAGUCCUUGAACCGACCCAACGGUGGCCUCUCUCGCCUAUCCGUCGUCAGGACACUACACGUGCGGAAACAGGUUCGUUGGACCGAGAUUCAUCGAAGAGGAACCGUAGUGGAUUGCCACCGGCUGAGAACGAGAAGCAGGCAAGCGGACGGAAUCAACGCGAACAACUUUGAGGAGUUUACGAAGAUUGACUCAAUUUUGGGGCACCGGCAUCAGUUACGCCCAAUCCGGAUCGCGCUUCAGCUGGUGGUUCCGCCGUACAGUCCAGCGGGUGAACUUUCGCCAGACGUUCCUGUCAAACAACGAAGCUUUUGGCAACAGUUGUCCCCAGCAGCAGCAGCAGCAGAACCAGCACCAGCAGCGCCGGGUUGCGUCACUAGGGGCAUCAAUCCGUAGCGUACGGCAGCCGUGGCUUCCACCCGUCGGAGUCCUACGAUCUGUAGCAACGCGUUCAAGCGCCUGGUCAAACUGGUGACUUAGAACCGUGCAUGCAACAA